GCAACUUUUGUACCAACAAGCCUGCCUCACUUCUACGGAUGAACGUAAAUACAUCAAUGAACAUACGAUUGAUGGUUGAACGUCGUUAGAUGCGGUAGGUUGGCAUGCGAAUGCUAAUCAGAUCUCUGUCGAUUAGUUUCUGUCAGCGUUUCGACGCAAGCGAUGACCAAACGCGGUUUCAUUCGGUUUCGCGCAUUUCAAGCGACAUACGAAUACUGAUCAAACUUCGGUCGUAUUAACUGUGGUGAUUACAUUCAAUCAGUGUAAAUCAGAGUGAUACAACUGUAGAUGCACGUGCAUUUGUUUUACAAAUAAAUUGUUGUGUAGUGUGUGAACUAUUUUUUUUUAAUUUAAAAAUGGCAGAUCGAUUUUUGAUUGUGGCUGCGAGCAUAAUUCUUCUAUUGGUGAUCAAAAUCAAUGCUAGAGAUGAAGGGACAGUGUUUUGUCAGGAUCCAAAUCAAUUUGAAGGUGCUUGCAAACAUAUAAAAGAAUGUUCGACCGUACUAAACGAGUUGGUUGGCAAAAGCUAUGACAAUUCUUAUAGACAGUAUAUUCGGCAGUCUAAUGCAAUUUGCGACCAUAUAAAACCACUUGUUUGCUGUCCAUCCGAUGGCAGAAGGAAUCAAUUGACAGAGAGCAGUAUUCAAGGGCGAUUACUCACACCGAGUGAAGGUUGUGGCUUUUCAAAUCAAAAUUUGCGAUUGAAAAGUGGCGAUAAGAAGCGAUCAAGACUGGGUGCUUUUCCAUGGAUGGCAUUGAUUAGCUAUACAGAUAAUCUCGGGGAAACAUCAUGGAAAUGCGGUGGUUCAUUGAUAACAACACGGCAUGUGUUAACUUCUGCUCGAUGUGCUACCCCGAAUUUGGUUAAUGUUAGGCUGGGCGAGUAUAACUUCAGCUCGUAUGAUGCAAGUGUUCAAGACUUGAAAGUGAUCCGAACAGAACGGCAUCCCAAUUACAAUGAACGAGAUGGUACAAAUGAUAUAGCAAUUUUGUAUUUAGAACGAGAUGUUCAUAUUUCACCGCGCAUACGACCCACAUGUUUGCCUACCAAUGAUCCGAUUCGCAGUCGUUCAUUCGUUAAUUACCGUCCAUUCCUUGCGGGAUGGGAUCUGUUAAAAAAGGAUGGAAGACCAUCCAACUUCCCAUAUGAACAACAACUAACCGUUUUGGAGAAUGAGUCAUGUAAAGAGCGAUAUAGGCAACAAGGCGAAUUGGCAUCAGAGAAUCAAUUCAACAAAAGUGUACUUUGUGUUGGCUUUUUUCGUGGAAGUUUAGGCGAUUGUCAAAGCGAUUUAGGCAGCCCGUUGUUGCAGCCGGUCCGUUAUGAUGAGAGAGGUGAUUUUCGUUAUUACCAAAUUGGUAUUGCCUCCUACGGAUUUGAUUGCGAAAAAAUCGACACACCUGCUGUCUAUACUAGUGUUCAAUAUUUCAUUGAUUGGAUCCAAGAGAGAAUUAAUUCAUAGAAAUCGUUUUUCAAAUGCUAAUAAAAUAUAAACUUUA